UGAAGUGCUGAGAGGGAUGACCAAGGCGACUGCAUCCCAAUGGCGUCCUCACAGCCCCUGGAACUGACAGUCUUGGGGAAUGUACCUGGACCCAGCCGUGGAGUCCCAGAAGGGGGACCUUCAGCACCACGGACAGCUUCUGGCUUGGGCAUUGAGAACGCCUCUUACCAGGGGGAGGAGGAAGAAGAAGAGGAGGCAGAAACUUCCUUCCGGAGCCAGCAAGGCACAGGAAGCAGCCCCAGGGAGCACACAGCACCCCCUAGAGGAGACCUCUCCCCGCGGUCCGAGGAUGGCCCUUUGCCAGAUGCAGCAGGCAACUCGGUGGACUACGGCUUCAUUUUGGCUUUAGUCUUCUUGGUCAGUGGGAUUUUGCUUGUGAUUGUCGCCUACAGCAUCCCGCGGGAGGCGCGAGUCGACCCGGAUUCUGUGUCCGCCCGGGAGAUGGAGAGGCUUGAGAUGUAUUAUGCCCACCUAGGCUCCCACUUGGACAAGUGCAUCAUCGCAGGGUUGGGGCUCUUGACUUUAGGGGGGAUGUUGCUCUCCGUCCUCCUGAUGGUCUCCAUCUACAAAGGGGAGCUCUACCGGAGGAGGUCGUUCCCGGCUUCCAGGGUUCCCCGGAAGACUUAUGGGUCUAUAAACCUGAGGAUGAGGCAGCUGAAUGGAGAAGGGGGGCAGACUUUGGUCGAGAAUGAGGUCAUUCAGAUGACCGAAGUCACAAACACCAGCCAGAGCUGCUGACGUUUCUUCGUAGGUGAUGGAAGUUGAACUAGAUGACCCUUUGGGGGUCCCUUCCAACGCUACAAUUCUGUGAUUCUAUUCUACAAGUUAAAAGCACUGAGGUCAGAGGAGGAUUUCUUCGGGGGUUGGGGGAGGGGAAAGGUUUGACAUUCAUAUUUAAGUAUAGCCUUGCACCUCAAUGGGGAACAGUAGAGGAAAUGUCACCUCUUGUUUA